AUGGACGUGCUGGGAGCGUUUAGUCGGUGGCCGCGCCCGUUGCAGUCGUGGUGGCUACUGCUGCUGUUGCUGCUCUAUCGCGUGACUCUGUGUUUGACACUGCGGACGGCAGAGUCGCCCGAUGAAUGGUGGCAGAGUGAGGAGGUCGCAUACAAAAUGGUGUUUGACCGUGGGCAGCUCACGUGGGAAUGGGACGAGGCCAUUCGCUCGUAUGUCUUUCCGGCGAUUUUCGCAGGUCCGCUGUUUGUGCUCAAAUGGACAGGGAUGGACACCGCUGUUACAGUGUGGGCCUCUAAUCGGUGUGUGCAGGCUUUGAUCUUCUUUGCGCAUGACUGCACCAUGCUCGCCCUCGCACAGCGCCUCGACGACCUUUGGAGCUGCCUGAACCGCAGGAAGUCAGGCCGCGACGCGUUCUCUGCCCCUCUCUCCUCAUCUGUCAGUGAAUCCACCAAAGCGAAGCGCCGCGCACCGACAAUUGCGUCCACGACGCUGGCGGUGGUGGUGGUGGAGUGGUUCCUCAUCGGCACAGGAGUGCGCAGCUACUCCAACGUGUCGGAGUCGCUCUUCUUCCUGCUGUCGCUUUACCAGACAAGCUACCCGUCGUUUCUUCUUUGGGCUGGUGUGGCAUGUGCCAUGCGCGUAACGGCGGCGAUUGCGACGCUUCCGGUUUUUAUCAUGCACGCGUGUCGCUUAUGUGGCAAGAUGGGCGUCGCACGUGGUCUUCUUUUUACCGCUCUCAUCACAAUCGGCAUGGUGGCCGCCAUCAGUGCCAGCGUCUGCCUCAUCGACUAUAUUUUUUACAAACGUCUCGUCUUCACCCCGUAUAACUUUCUGAAGUUUAACUGUUUGCUGGGUAUGAGCAAAUACUAUGGGGUUCAUGCGCCGUACUGGUACUUCGUCACGCUGCCGGCGAUGGCCGCCCCAUUUGUCUUCUUUCUUGCGUGGAUGCCUGUGUGCUGGAGCUGCAUGCAGGAGAUGGAGAAACACCACUCGAGUGGCUCGGCACCGCGUGUGCAGAGCACGCUAUUUUCCGGCUCUUCUUCGUGGACACUGCGGCAAGAAAUACAGCGAUGGUUUUUCGUAAGCGCGCCGACACUGAUGGUUUACAGUGCUCUUGAUCAUAAGGAGAUGCGCUUCAUCUACUUUCUGCUCCCGCUGCUCCUCCUGAUUUCCAGUGUGGUCGUCGUCGUCCUCUGCCCUGGUUCUCUGUCGGCGCUGAAGCAGUCGAGUAGAGUGCGGAGUAGGUCUUGGUGCCUUGCCGUGCCGUCUGCUGACACGGUGCGGCGUCUCUUCACGCUCUCUUGGAUUGCGACUGCGGUCUUCGCGAUUGUGCUCCUGUACGGCUACCGCCGCGGCGCCCCGACGCUGUUCCGCGCAAUCCGGAGCGCCGACCAGCACUAUAGGCACCUGGAAAUACUCACGCAUUGCCACGCGACGCCUGGAUUUGCGCAGCUGCACGGCAAGGUGGAUCGAGUAGACUGGGUGAACUGCCGGAUGAAGUUAGAUGCCGUCUCGGGGGUGCCAGAGGUGACGCAGGACCGCCUUUUUACGGAGCAGCCGAAGGCCUACGCGCUGUGGCGCUACCUACGGGACCCUUCGAUCCUUGACGUCGAGGAUGUGGGCAAGGAGAGUGCGUCAAAGCUGGGAAAGGAUGCGUGGUGGCGGGAGAUGCACCGCCUGAUGCCAAAAGGCGAAGCCCCUGCUUUGCCAGACGGCAUUAUUCUUUUCCAGAAGAUAGCCAUCUUGCUCGAGACGGACUUUUUGCAACCAAUGGGCUACCAUCGAGUUGCGGUCGUGUAUCACGCACCUCACAGUUUCGAAGAGCACGAGGACCGCUAUCUCGAGUUGUGGUCCCGGGAAACCGCGCAGAAACGUGAAUCAUGA